AUGCAGCCUUCAGAGUUCGACAAUGGCGAAUCUAUCAACUUGGAGGAGUACACGGCAUCAGUGAUCAGCUACAUCGGCAAAUGCAUCGAUGGCAUACGACUCAUUGGUGGCACCGACUCCUGCUCUGGUAGAGUGGAGAUCCUGCAUGAUGGCCAGUGGGGAACAGCGUGUGAUGAUGACUGGGACCUGAAAGAUGCAGAGGUGGUGUGUAGACAGCUUGGAUGUGGUAAAGCGGUCACCGCUCAUCAAAAUGCCCACUUUGGUCAGGGAAGUGGCCCAAUAUGGCUGGAUGAUGUUCAGUGUUCUGGAAGUGAAAGCUCCAUCACACAGUGCUCUCAUAGAGGAUUUGGAUCACACAACUGCAACCAUGGUGAAGAUGCUGGUGUUUCUUGCUCAGACUCGUAUUUGGCUUAUGGCGCUAACAUACGAUUCAUUGGUGGCACCGACUCCUGCUCUGGUAGAGUGGAGAUCCUGCACAGUGGUCAGUGGGGAACAGUGUGUGAUGAUGACUGGAACCUGAAUGAUGCAGAGGUGGUGUGUAGACAGCUUGGAUGUGGUAAAGCGGUCACCGCUCAUCAAAAUGCCCACUUUGGUCAGGGAAGUGGCCCAAUAUGGCUGGAUAAUGUUCAGUGUUCUGGAAGUGAAAGCAGCAUCACACAGUGCUCUCAUAGAGGAUUUGGAUCACACGACUGCAGCCAUGGUGAAGAUGCUGGUGUUACUUGCUCAGGUACAGAAAAGCAGAGAAUCAGCUCCAAUGGCGCUAACAUACGACUCAUUGGUGGCACCGACUCCUGCUCUGGUAGAGUGGAGAUCCUGCAUGAUGGUCAGUGGGGAACAGUGUGUGAUAAUGACUGGGACCUGAAUGAUGCAGAGGUGGUGUGUAGACAGCUUGGAUGUGGUAAAGCUGUCACCGCUCAUCAAAAUGCCCACUUUGGUCAGGGAAGUGGCCCAAUAUUGCUGAAUAAUAUUCAGUGUUCUGGAAGUGAAAGCAGCAUCACACAGUGCUCUCAUAGAGGAUUUGGAUCACACAACUGCAACCAUGGUGAAGAUGCUGGUGUUACUUGCUCAGGUACAUGUUGUAAGAUUAUGCGACUCAUUGGUGGCACCGACUCCUGCUCUGGUAGAGUGGAGAUCCUGCAUGAUGGUCAGUGGGGAACAGUGUGUGAUAAUGACUGGGACCUGAAUGAUGCAGAGGUGGUGUGUAGACAGCUUGGAUGUGGUAAAGCUGUCACCGCUCAUCAAAAUGCCCACUUUGGUCAGGGAAGAGGCCCAAUAUGGCGGGAUGAUGUUCAGUGUUCUGGAAGUGAACGCUCCAUCACACAGUGCUCUCAUAGAGGAUUUGGAUCACACAACUGCAACCAUGGUGAAGAUGCUGGUGUUACUUGCUCAGGUACAGAAAAGCAGAGAAUCAGUAACAUACAACUCAUUAAUGGCACCGACUCCUGCUCUGGUAGAGUGGAGAUCCUGCAUGAUGGUCAGUGGGGAACAGUGUGUGAUAAUGACUGGGACCUGAAUGAUGCAGAGGUGGUGUGUAGACAGCUUGGAUGUGGUAAAGCGGUCACCGCUCAUCAAAGUGCCCACUUUGGUCAGGGAAGUGGCCCAAUUUUGCUGAAUAAUAUUCAGUGUUCUGGAAGUGAAAGCAACAUCACACAGUGCUCUCAUAGUGGAUUUGGAUCACACGACUGCAGCCAUGGUGACGAUGCUGGUGUUACUUGCUCAGGUACAUGUUGUAACAUACGACUUAUUGGUGGCACCGACUCCUGCUCUGGUAGAGUGGAGAUCCUGCACAGUGGUCAGUGGGGAACAGUGUGUGAUGAUAUCUGGGACCUGAAUGAUGCAGAGGUGGUGUGUAGACAGCUUGGAUGUGGUAAAGCUGUCACCGCUCAUCAAAAUGCCCACUUUGGUCAGGGAAGUGGUCCAAUAUGGCUGAAUAAUAUUCAGUGUUCUGGAAAUGAAAGCUCCAUCACACAGUGCUCUCAUAGAGGAUUCGGAUCACACAACUGCAACCAUGGUGAAGAUGCUGGUGUUACUUGCUCAGAUGAUAUUAACAUACGACUCAUUGGUGGCAACAACAACUGCUCUGGUAGAGUGGAGAUCCUGCAUGAUGGUCAGUGGGGAACAGUGUGUGAUGAUGACUGGAACCUGAAUGAUGCAGAGGUGGUGUGUAGACAGCUUGGAUGUGGUAAAGCGGUCACCGCUCAUCAAAAUGCCCACUUUGGUCAGGGACGUGACCCAAUAUUGCUGAAUAAUGUUCAGUGUUCUGGAAGUGAAAGCAGCAUCACACAGUGCUCUCAUAGAGGAUUUGGAUCACACAACUGCAGCCAUGGUGAAGAUGCUGGUGUUACUUGCUCAGAUGGCGCUAACAUACGAUUCAUUAAUGGCACCGACUCCUGCUCUGGUACAGUGGAGAUCCUGCAUGAUGGUCAGUGGGGAACAGUGUGUGAUAAUGACUGGGACCUGAAUGAUGCAGAGGUGGUGUGUAGACAGCUUGGAUGUGGUAAAGCAGUCACCGCUCAUCAAAAUGCCCACUUUGGUCAGGGAAGUGGCCCAAUAUGGCUGAAUAAUAUUCAGUGUUCUGGAAGUGAAAGCAACAUCACACAGUGCUCUCAUAGAGGAUUCGGAUCACACAACUGCAGCCAUGGUGAAGAUGCUGGUGUUACUUGCUCAGGUACAGAAAAUCAGAGAAUCAGUAACAUACGACUUAAUGGUGGCACCGACUCCUGCUCUGGUAGAGUGGAGAUCCUGCAUGAUGGUCAGUGGGGAACAGUGUGUGAUGAUGACUGGGACCUGAAUGAUGCAGAGGUGGUGUGUAGACAGCUUGGAUGUGGUAAAGCUGUCACCGCUCAUCAAAAUGCCCACUUUGGUCAGGGAAGUGGCCCAAUAUUGCUGAAUAAUAUUCAGUGUUCUGGAAGUGAAAGCAACAUCACACAGUGCUCUCAUAGUGGAUUUGGAUCACACAACUGCAGCCAUGGAGACGAUGCUGGUGUUACUUGCUCAGUCUCGUUUCCUCGUAACAUGCGACUCAUUGGUGGCAACAACAACUGCUCUGGUAGAGUGGAGAUCCUGCAUGAUGGUCAGUGGGGAACAGUGUGUGAUAAUGACUGGGACCUGAAUGAUGCAGAGGUGGUGUGUAGACAGCUUGGAUGUGGUAAAGCAGUCACCGCUCAUCAAAAUGCCCACUUUGGUCAGGGAAGUGGCCCAAUAUGGCUGAAUAAUAUUCAGUGUUCUGGAAGUGAAAGCAACAUCACACAGUGCUCUCAUAGAGGAUUCGGAUCACACAACUGCAGCCAUGGUGAAGAUGCUGGUGUUACUUGCUCAGGUACAGAAAAGAACGUACGACUCAUUGGUGGCACCGACUCCUGCUCUGGUAGAGUGGAGAUCCUGCAUGAUGGUCAGUGGGGAACAGUGUGUGAUAAUGACUGGGACCUGAAUGAUGCAGAGGUGGUGUGUAGACAGCUUGGAUGUGGUAAAGCAGUCACCGCUCAUCAAAAUGCCCACUUUGGUCAGGGAAGUGGCCCAAUAUUGCUGAAUAAUAUUCAGUGUUCUGGAAGUGAAUGCAACAUCACACAGUGCUCUCAUAGAGGAUUUGGAUCACACAACUGCAGCCAUGGUGAAGAUGCUGGUGUUACUUGCUCAGGUACAGAAAAGCAGAGAAUCAGUAACAUACGACUUAUUGGUGGCACCGACUCCUGCUCUGGUAGAGUGGAGAUCCUGCAUGAUGGUCAGUGGGGAACAGUGUGUGAUAAUGACUGGAACCUGAAUGAUGCAGACGUGGUGUGUAGACAGCUUGGAUGUGGUAAAGCUGUCACCGCUCAUCAAAGUGCCCACUUUGGUCAGGGAAGUGGCCCAAUAUUGCUGAAUAAUAUUCAGUGUUCUGGAAGUGAAAGCAACAUCACACAGUGCUCUCAUAGUGGAUUUGGAUCACACAACUGCAGCCAUGGAGACGAUGCUGGUGUUACUUGCUCAGGUACAUGUUGUAACAUGCGACUCAUUGGUGGCAACAACAACUGCUCUGGUAGAGUGGAGAUCCUGCAUGAUGGUCAGUGGGGAACAGUGUGUGAUGAUAUCUGGGACCUGAAUGAUGCAGAGGUGGUGUGUAGACAGCUUGGAUGUGGUAAAGCGGUCACCGCUCAUCAAAAUGCCCACUUUGGUCAGGGAAGUGGUCCAAUAUGGCUGGAUAAUGUUCAGUGUUCUGGAAGUGAAAGCAACAUCACACAGUGCUCUCAUAGAGGAUUUGGAUCACACAACUGCAACCAUGGUGAAGAUGCUGGUGUUACUUGCUCAGGUACAGAAAAGCAGAGAAUCAGUAACAUACAACUCAUUGGUGGCACCGACUCCUGCUCUGGUACAGUGGAGAUCCUGCACAGUGGUCAGUGGGGAACAGUGUGUGAUGAUGACUGGAACCUGAAUGAUGCAGAUGUGGUGUGUAGACAGCUUGGAUGUGGUAAAGCUGUCACUGCUCAUCAAAAUGCCCACUUUGGUCAGGGAAGUGGCCCAAUAUGGCUGAAUAAUGUUCAGUGUUCUGGAAGUGAACGCUCCAUCACACAGUGCUCUCAUAGAGGAUUUGGAUCACACAACUGCAACCAUGGUGAAGAUGCUGGUGUUACUUGCUCAGGUACAGAUGUCCUAGAUGGCGCUAACAUACGAUUCAUUGGUGGCACCGACUCCUGCUCUGGUAGAGUGGAGAUCCUGCACAGUGGUCAGUGGGGAACAGUGUGUGAUGAUGACUGGGACCUGAAUGAUGCAGAGGUGGUGUGUAGACAGAUUGGAUGUGGUAAAGCGGUCACCGCUCAUCAAAAUGCUCACUUUGGUCAGGGAAGUGGCCCAAUAUGGCUGGAUGAUGUUCCGUGUUCUGGAAGUGAACGCAGCAUCACACAGUGCUCUCAUAGAGGAUUUGGAUCACACAACUGCAACCAUGGUGAAGAUGCUGGUGUUACUUGCUCAGGUAACAUACAACUCAUUAAUGGCACCGACUCCUGCUCUGGUAGAGUGGAGAUCCUGCAUGAUGGUCAGUGGGGAACAGUGUGUGAUAAUGACUGGGACCUGAAUGAUGCAGAGGUGGUGUGUAGACAGCUUGGAUGUGGUAAAGCUGUCACCGCUCAUCAAAGUGCCCACUUUGGUCAGGGAAGUGGCCCAAUAUUGCUGAAUAAUAUUCAGUGUUCUGGAAGUGAAAGCAGCAUCACACAGUGCUCUCAUAGUGGAUUUGGAUCACACGGCUGCAGCCAUGGUGAAGAUGCUGGUGUUACUUGCUCAGGUACAUGUUGUAACAUGCGACUCAUUGGUGGCAACAACAACUGCUCUGGUAGAGUGGAGAUCCUGCACAGUGGUCAGUGGGGAACAGUGUGUGAUAAUGACUGGGACCUGAAUGAUGCAGAGGUGGUGUGUAGACAGCUUGGAUGUGGUAAAGCUGUCACCGCUCAUCAAAAUGCCCACUUUGGUCAGGGAAGUGGCCCAAUAAUGCUGAAUAAUGUUCAGUGUUCUGGAAGUGAAAGCAACAUCACACAGUGCUCUCAUAGAGAAUUUGGAUCACACGACUGCAGCCAUGGUGAAGAUGCUGGUGUUACUUGCUCAGAUGGCGCUAACAUACGACUCAUUGGUGGCACCGACUCCUGCUCUGGUAGAGUGGAGAUCCUGCAUGAUGGUCAGUGGGGAACAGUGUGUGAUAAUGACUGGGACCUGAAUGAUGCAGAGGUGGUGUGUAGACAGCUUGGAUGUGGUAAAGCAGUCACCGCUCAUCAAAAUGCCCACUUUGGUCAGGGAAGUGGCCCAAUAUUGCUGAAUAAUAUUCAGUGUUCUGGAAGUGAAAGCAACAUCACACAGUGCUCUCAUAGAGGAUUUGGAUCACACAACUGCAACCAUGGUGAAGAUGCUGGUGUUACUUGCUCAGGUACAGAAAAGCAGAGAAUCAGCUCCAAUCCACACUACAAUAUACUAAAGCUAAAAUAGAGCCCUGACUCUUUCUUACACUUACGACUUAUUGGUGGCACCGACUCCUGCUCUGGUAGAGUGGAGAUCCUGCAUGAUGGUCAGUGGGGAACAGUGUGUGAUAAUGACUGGGACCUGAAUGAUGCAGAGGUGGUGUGUAGACAGCUUGGAUGUGGUAAAGCAGUCACCGCUCAUCAAAAUGCCCACUUUGGUCAGGGAAGUGGCCCAAUAUUGCUGAAUAAUAUUCAGUGUUCUGGAAGUGAAAGCAACAUCACACAGUGCUCUCAUAGAGGAUUUGGAUCACACAACUGCAACCAUGGUGAAGAUGCUGGUGUUACUUGCUCAGGUAACAUACGACUUAUUGGUGGCACCGACUCCUGCUCUGGUAGAGUGGAGAUCCUGCAUGAUGGUCAGUGGGGAACAGUGUGUGAUAAUGACUGGGACCUGAAUGAUGCAGAGGUGGUGUGUAGACAGCUUGGAUGUGGUAAAGCAGUCACCGCUCAUCAAAAUGCCCACUUUGGUCAGGGAAGUGGCCCAAUAUUGCUGAAUAAUAUUCAGUGUUCUGGAAGUGAAAGCAACAUCACACAGUGCUCUCAUAGAGGAUUUGGAUCACACAACUGCAACCAUGGUGAAGAUGCUGGUGUUACUUGCUCAGGUACAGAAAAGCAGAGAAUCAGCUCCAAUCCACACUACAAUAUACUAAAGCUAAAAUAGAGCCCUGACUCUUUCUUACACUUACGACUUAUUGGUGGCACCGACUCCUGCUCUGGUAGAGUGGAGAUCCUGCAUGAUGGUCAGUGGGGAACAGUGUGUGAUAAUGACUGGAACCUGAAUGUUGCAGAGGUGGUGUGUAGACAGCUUGGAUGUGGUAAAGCUGUCACCGCUCAUCAAAGUGCCCACUUUGGUCAGGGAAGUGGCCCAAUAUUGCUGAAUAAUAUUCAGUGUUCUGGAAGUGAAAGCAACAUCACACAGUGCUCUCAUAGUGGAUUUGGAUCACACAACUGCAGCCAUGGUGACGAUGCUGGUGUUACUUGCUCAGGGUCUGGCAGGAGUAACAUGCGACUCAUUGGUGGCAACAACAACUGCUCUGGUAGAGUGGAGAUCCUGCAUGAUGGUCAGUGGGGAACAGUGUGUGAUAAUGACUGGGACCUGAAUGAUGCAGAGGUGGUGUGUAGACAGCUUGGAUGUGGUAAAGCGGUCACCGCUCAUCAAAAUGCCCACUUUGGUCAGGGAAGUGGCCCAAUAUGGCUGGAUAAUGUUCAGUGUUCUGGAAGUGAAAGCAACAUCACACAGUGCUCUCAUAGAGAUUUUGGAUCACACGAGUGCAGCCAUGGUGAAGAUGCUGGUGUUACUUGCUCAGAUGGCGCUAACAUACGACUCAUUGGUGGCACCGACUCCUGCUCUGGUAGAGUGGAGAUCCUGCAUGAUGGUCAGUGGGGAACAGUGUGUGAUAAUGACUGGGACCUGAAUGAUGCAGAGGUGGUGUGUAGACAGCUUGGAUGUGGUAAAGCAGUCACCGCUCAUCAAAAUGCCCACUUUGGUCAGGGAAGUGGCCCAAUAUUGCUGAAUAAUAUUCAGUGUUCUGGAAGUGAAUGCAACAUCACACAGUGCUCUCAUAGAGGAUUUGGAUCACACAACUGCAGCCAUGGUGAAGAUGCUGGUGUUACUUGCUCAGAUUCAUUAUCAUAAAUUAAUAUAACAUGAAUUUUGAUGUUUGUCUUGUAAGGUAACAUACGACUUAUUGGUGGCACCGACUCCUGCUCUGGUAGAGUGGAGAUCCUGCAUGAUGGUCAGUGGGGAACAGUGUGUGAUAAUGACUGGAACCUGAAUGAUGCAGACGUGGUGUGUAGACAGCUUGGAUGUGGUAAAGCUGUCACCGCUCAUCAAAGUGCCCACUUUGGUCAGGGAAGUGGCCCAAUAUUGCUGAAUAAUAUUCAGUGUUCUGGAAGUGAAAGCAACAUCACACAGUGCUCUCAUAGUGGAUUUGGAUCACACAACUGCAGCCAUGGAGACGAUGCUGGUGUUACUUGCUCAGGUACAUGUAACAUGCGACUCAUUGGUGGCAACAACAACUGCUCUGGUAGAGUGGAGAUCCUGCAUGAUGGUCAGUGGGGAACAGUGUGUGAUGAUAUCUGGGACCUGAAUGAUGCAGAGGUGGUGUGUAGACAGCUUGGAUGUGGUAAAGCGGUCACCGCUCAUCAAAAUGCCCACUUUGGUCAGGGAAGUGGUCCAAUAUGGCUGGAUAAUGUUCAGUGUUCUGGAAGUGAAAGCAACAUCACACAGUGCUCUCAUAGAGGAUUUGGAUCACACAACUGCAACCAUGGUGAAGAUGCUGGUGUUACUUGCUCAGGUAACAUACAACUCAUUGGUGGCACCGACUCCUGCUCUGGUACAGUGGAGAUCCUGCACAGUGGUCAGUGGGGAACAGUGUGUGAUGAUGACUGGAACCUGAAUGAUGCAGAUGUGGUGUGUAGACAGCUUGGAUGUGGUAAAGCUGUCACUGCUCAUCAAAAUGCCCACUUUGGUCAGGGAAGUGGCCCAAUAUUGCUGAAUAAUGUUCAGUGUUCUGGAAGUGAACGCUCCAUCACACAGUGCUCUCAUAGAGGAUUUGGAUCACACAACUGCAACCAUGGUGAAGAUGCUGGUGUUACUUGCUCAGAUGGCGCUAACAUACGAUUCAUUGGUGGCACCGACUCCUGCUCUGGUAGAGUGGAGAUCCUGCACAGUGGUCAGUGGGGAACAGUGUGUGAUGAUGACUGGGACCUGAAUGAUGCAGAGGUGGUGUGUAGACAGAUUGGAUGUGGUAAAGCGGUCACCGCUCAUCAAAAUGCCCACUUUGGUCAGGGAAGUGGCCCAAUAUGGCUGGAUGAUGUUCCGUGUUCUGGAAGUGAACGCAGCAUCACACAGUGCUCUCAUAGAGGAUUUGGAUCACACAACUGCAACCAUGGUGAAGAUGCUGGUGUUACUUGCUCAGGUAACAUACAACUCAUUAAUGGCACCGACUCCUGCUCUGGUAGAGUGGAGAUCCUGCAUGAUGGUCAGUGGGGAACAGUGUGUGAUAAUGACUGGGACCUGAAUGAUGCAGAGGUGGUGUGUAGACAGCUUGGAUGUGGUAAAGCUGUCACCGCUCAUCAAAGUGCCCACUUUGGUCAGGGAAGUGGCCCAAUAUUGCUGAAUAAUAUUCAGUGUUCUGGAAGUGAAAGCAGCAUCACACAGUGCUCUCAUAGUGGAUUUGGAUCACACGGCUGCAGCCAUGGUGAAGAUGCAGGUGUUACUUGCUCAGGUACAUGUUGUAACAUGCGACUCAUUGGUGGCAACAACAACUGCUCUGGUAGAGUGGAGAUCCUGCACAGUGGUCAGUGGGGAACAGUGUGUGAUAAUGACUGGGACCUGAAUGAUGCAGAGGUGGUGUGUAGACAGCUUGGAUGUGGUAAAGCUGUCACCGCUCAUCAAAAUGCCCACUUUGGUCAGGGAAGUGGCCCAAUAAUGCUGAAUAAUGUUCAGUGUUCUGGAAGUGAAAGCAACAUCACACAGUGCUCUCAUAGAGAAUUUGGAUCACACGACUGCAGCCAUGGUGAAGAUGCUGGUGUUACUUGCUCAGAUGGCGCUAACAUACGACUCAUUGGUGGCACCGACUCCUGCUCUGGUAGAGUGGAGAUCCUGCAUGAUGGUCAGUGGGGAACAGUGUGUGAUAAUGACUGGGACCUGAAUGAUGCAGAGGUGGUGUGUAGACAGCUUGGAUGUGGUAAAGCAGUCACCGCUCAUCAAAAUGCCCACUUUGGUCAGGGAAGUGGCCCAAUAUUGCUGAAUAAUAUUCAGUGUUCUGGAAGUGAAAGCAACAUCACACAGUGCUCUCAUAGAGGAUUUGGAUCACACAACUGCAACCAUGGUGAAGAUGCUGGUGUUACUUGCUCAGGUACAGAAAAGCAGAGAAUCAGCUCCAAUCCACACUACAAUAUACUAAAGCUAAAAUAGAGCCCUGACUCUUUCUUACACUUACGACUUAUUGGUGGCACCGACUCCUGCUCUGGUAGAGUGGAGAUCCUGCAUGAUGGUCAGUGGGGAACAGUGUGUGAUAAUGACUGGGACCUGAAUGAUGCAGAGGUGGUGUGUAGACAGCUUGGAUGUGGUAAAGCAGUCACCGCUCAUCAAAAUGCCCACUUUGGUCAGGGAAGUGGCCCAAUAUUGCUGAAUAAUAUUCAGUGUUCUGGAAGUGAAAGCAACAUCACACAGUGCUCUCAUAGAGGAUUUGGAUCACACAACUGCAACCAUGGUGAAGAUGCUGGUGUUACUUGCUCAGGUAACAUACGACUUAUUGGUGGCACCGACUCCUGCUCUGGUAGAGUGGAGAUCCUGCAUGAUGGUCAGUGGGGAACAGUGUGUGAUAAUGACUGGGACCUGAAUGAUGCAGAGGUGGUGUGUAGACAGCUUGGAUGUGGUAAAGCAGUCACCGCUCAUCAAAAUGCCCACUUUGGUCAGGGAAGUGGCCCAAUAUUGCUGAAUAAUAUUCAGUGUUCUGGAAGUGAAAGCAACAUCACACAGUGCUCUCAUAGAGGAUUUGGAUCACACAACUGCAACCAUGGUGAAGAUGCUGGUGUUACUUGCUCAGGUACAGAAAAGCAGAGAAUCAGCUCCAAUCCACACUACAAUAUACUAAAGCUAAAAUAGAGCCCUGACUCUUUCUUACACUUACGACUUAUUGGUGGCACCGACUCCUGCUCUGGUAGAGUGGAGAUCCUGCAUGAUGGUCAGUGGGGAACAGUGUGUGAUAAUGACUGGAACCUGAAUGUUGCAGAGGUGGUGUGUAGACAGCUUGGAUGUGGUAAAGCUGUCACCGCUCAUCAAAGUGCCCACUUUGGUCAGGGAAGUGGCCCAAUAUUGCUGAAUAAUAUUCAGUGUUCUGGAAGUGAAAGCAACAUCACACAGUGCUCUCAUAGUGGAUUUGGAUCACACAACUGCAGCCAUGGUGACGAUGCUGGUGUUACUUGCUCAGUCUCGUUUCCUCGUAACAUGCGACUCAUUGGUGGCAACAACAACUGCUCUGGUAGAGUGGAGAUCCUGCAUGAUGGUCAGUGGGGAACAGUGUGUGAUAAUGACUGGGACCUGAAUGAUGCAGAGGUGGUGUGUAGACAGCUUGGAUGUGGUAAAGCGGUCACCGCUCAUCAAAAUGCCCACUUUGGUCAGGGAACUGGCCCAAUAUGGCUGGAUAAUGUUCAGUGUUCUGGAAGUGAAAGCAACAUCACACAGUGCUCUCAUAGAGAUUUUGGAUCACACGAGUGCAGCCAUGGUGAAGAUGCUGGUGUUACUUGCUCAGGUACAGAAAAGCAGAGAAUCAGCUCCAAUGGCGCUAACAUACGACUCAUUGGUGGCACCGACUCCUGCUCUGGUAGAGUGGAGAUCCUGCAUGAUGGUCAGUGGGGAACAGUGUGUGAUAAUGACUGGGACCUGAAUGAUGCAGAGGUGGUGUGUAGACAGCUUGGAUGUGGUAAAGCAGUCACCGCUCAUCAAAAUGCCCACUUUGGUCAGGGAAGUGGCCCAAUAUUGCUGAAUAAUAUUCAGUGUUCUGGAAGUGAAAGCAACAUCACACAGUGCUCUCAUAGAGGAUUUGGAUCACACAACUGCAACCAUGGUGAAGAUGCUGGUGUUACUUGCUCAGGUACAGAAAAGCAGAGAAUCAGUAACAUACGACUUAUUGGUGGCACCGACUCCUGCUCUGGUAGAGUGGAGAUCCUGCAUGAUGGUCAGUGGGGAACAGUGUGUGAUAAUGACUGGUACCUGAAUGAUGCAGAGGUGGUGUGUAGACAGCUUGGAUGUGGUAAAGCAGUCACCGCUCAUCAAAAUGCCCACUUUGGUCAGGGAAGUGGCCCAAUAUUGCUGAAUAAUAUUCAGUGUUCUGGAAGUGAAAGCAACAUCACACAGUGCUCUCAUAGAGGAUUUGGAUCACACAACUGCAACCAUGGUGAAGAUGCUGGUGUUACUUGCUCAGGUACAGAAAAGCAGAGAAUACGACUUAUUGGUGGCACCGACUCCUGCUCUGGUAGAGUGGAGAUCCUGCAUGAUGGUCAGUGGGGAACAGUGUGUGAUAAUGACUGGAACCUGAAUGUUGCAGAGGUGGUGUGUAGACAGCUUGGAUGUGGUAAAGCUGUCACCGCUCAUCAAAGUGCCCACUUUGGUCAGGGAAGUGGCCCAAUAUUGCUGAAUAAUAUUCAGUGUUCUGGAAGUGAAAGCAACAUCACACAGUGCUCUCAUAGUGGAUUUGGAUCACACAACUGCAGCCAUGGUGACGAUGCUGGUGUUACUUGCUCAGGUACAUUACCUAGUAACAUGCGACUCAUUGGUGGCAACAACAACUGCUCUGGUAGAGUGGAGAUCCUGCAUGAUGGUCAGUGGGGAACAGUGUGUGAUAAUGACUGGGACCUGAAUGAUGCAGAGGUGGUGUGUAGACAGCUUGGAUGUGGUAAAGCGGUCACCGCUCAUCAAAAUGCCCACUUUGGUCAGGGAAGUGGCCCAAUAUGGCUGGAUAAUGUUCAGUGUUCUGGAAGUGAAAGCAACAUCACACAGUGCUCUCAUAGAGAUUUUGGAUCACACGAGUGCAGCCAUGGUGAAGAUGCUGGUGUUACUUGCUCAGGUACAGAAAAGCAGAGAAUCAGCUCCAAUGGCGCUAACAUACGACUCAUUGGUGGCACCGACUCCUGCUCUGGUAGAGUGGAGAUCCUGCAUGAUGGUCAGUGGGGAACAGUGUGUGAUAAUGACUGGGACCUGAAUGAUGCAGAGGUGGUGUGUAGACAGCUUGGAUGUGGUAAAGCAGUCACCGCUCAUCAAAAUGCCCACUUUGGUCAGGGAAGUGGCCCAAUAUUGCUGAAUAAUAUUCAGUGUUCUGGAAGUGAAAGCAACAUCACACAGUGCUCUCAUAGAGGAUUUGGAUCACACAACUGCAACCAUGGUGAAGAUGCUGGUGUUACUUGCUCAGGUAACAUACGACUUAUUGGUGGCACCGACUCCUGCUCUGGUAGAGUGGAGAUCCUGCAUGAUGGUCAGUGGGGAACAGUGUGUGAUAAUGACUGGUACCUGAAUGAUGCAGAGGUGGUGUGUAGACAGCUUGGAUGUGGUAAAGCAGUCACCGCUCAUCAAAAUGCCCACUUUGGUCAGGGAAGUGGCCCAAUAUUGCUGAAUAAUAUUCAGUGUUCUGGAAGUGAAAGCAACAUCACACAGUGCUCUCAUAGAGGAUUUGGAUCACACAACUGCAACCAUGGUGAAGAUGCUGGUGUUACUUGCUCAGGUACAGAAAAGCAGAGAAUCAGUAACAUACGACUUAUUGGUGGCACCGACUCCUGCUCUGGUAGAGUGGAGAUCCUGCAUGAUGGUCAGUGGGGAACAGUGUGUGAUAAUGACUGGUACCUGAAUGAUGCAGAGGUGGUGUGUAGACAGCUUGGAUGUGGUAAAGCAGUCACCGCUCAUCAAAAUGCCCACUUUGGUCAGGGAAGUGGCCCAAUAUUGCUGAAUAAUAUUCAGUGUUCUGGAAGUGAAAGCAACAUCACACAGUGCUCUCAUAGAGGAUUUGGAUCACACAACUGCAACCAUGGUGAAGAUGCUGGUGUUACUUGCUCAGGUACAGAAAAGCAGAGAAUCAGUAACAUACGACUUAUUGGUGGCACCGACUCCUGCUCUGGUAGAGUGGAGAUCCUGCAUGAUGGUCAGUGGGGAACAGUGUGUGAUAAUGACUGGAACCUGAAUGUUGCAGAGGUGGUGUGUAGACAGCUUGGAUGUGGUAAAGCUGUCACCGCUCAUCAAAGUGCCCACUUUGGUCAGGGAAGUGGCCCAAUAUUGCUGAAUAAUAUUCAGUGUUCUGGAAGUGAAAGCAACAUCACACAGUGCUCUCAUAGUGGAUUUGGAUCACACAACUGCAGACAUGGUGACGAUGCUGGUGUUACUUGCUCAGGUACAUUACCUAGUAACAUGCGACUCAUUGGUGGCAACAACAACUGCUCUGGUAGAGUGGAGAUCCUGCAUGAUGGGCAGUGGGGAACAGUGUGUGAUAAUGACUGGGACCUGAAUGAUGCAGAGGUGGUGUGUAGACAGCUUGGAUGUGGUAAAGCUGUCACCGCUCAUCAAAAUGCCCACUUUGGUCAGGGAAGUGGCCCAAUAUGGCUGGAUAAUGUUCAGUGUUCUGGAAGUGAAAGCAACAUCACACAGUGCUCUCAUAGAGAUUUUGGAUCACAUGAGUGCAGCCAUGGUGAAGAUGCUGGUGUUACUUGCUCAGAUGGCUCUAACAUACGACUCAUUGGUGGCACCGACUCCUGCUCUGGUAGAGUGGAGAUCCUGCAUGAUGGUCAGUGGGGAACAGUGUGUGAUAAUGACUGGGACCUGAAUGAUGCAGAGGUGGUGUGUAGACAGCUUGGAUGUGGUAAAGCAGUCACCGCUCAUCAAAAUGCCCACUUUGGUCAGGGAAGUGGCCCAAUAUUGGUGAAUCAUAUUCAGUGUUCUGGAAGUGAAAGCAACAUCACACAGUGCUCUCAUAGAGGAUUUGGAUCACACAACUGCAGCCAUGGUGAAGAUGCUGGUGUUACUUGCUCAGGUACAGAAAAGCAGAGAAUCAGCUCCAAUCCACACUACAAUAUACUAAAGCUAAAAUAGAGCCCUGACUCUUUCUUACACUUACGACUUAUUGGUGGCACCGACUCCUGCUCUGGUAGAGUGGAGAUCCUGCAUGAUGGUCAGUGGGGAACAGUGUGUGAUGAUGACUGGGACCUGAAUGAUGCAGAGGUGGUGUGUAGACAGCUUGGAUGUGGUAAAGCUGUCACCGCUCAUCAAAAUGCCCACUUUGGUCAGGGAAGUGGCCCAAUAUUGCUGAAUAAUAUUCAGUGUUCUGGAAGUGAAAGCAACAUCACACAGUGCUCUCAUAUUGGAUUUGGAUCACACAACUGCAGCCAUGGUGACGAUGCUGGUGUUACUUGCUCAGGUACAUGUUGUAACAUGCGACUCAUUGGUGGCAACAACAACUGCUCUGGUAGAGUGGAGAUCCUGCAUGAUGGUCAGUGGGGAACAGUGUGUGAUAAUGACUGGAACCUGAAUGAUGCAGAGGUGGUGUGUAGACAGCUUGGAUGUGGUAAAGCUGUCACCGCUCAUCAAAAUGCCCACUUUGGUCAGGGAAGUGGCCCAAUAUGGCUGGAUAAUGUUCAGUGUUCUGGAAGUGAAAGCAACAUCACACAGUGCUCUCAUAGAGAAUUUGGAUCACACGACUGCAGCCAUGGUGAAGAUGCUGGUGUUACUUGCUCAGGUACAGAAAAGCAGAGAAUCAGCUCCAAUGGCGCUAACAUACGACUCAUUGGUGGCACCGACUCCUGCUCUGGUAGAGUGGAGAUCCUGCAUGAUGGUCAGUGGGGAACAGUGUGUGAUAAUGACUGGGACCUGAAUGAUGCAGAGGUGGUGUGUAGACAGCUUGGAUGUGGUAAAGCUGUCACCGCUCAUCAAAGUGCCCACUUUGGUCAGGGAAGUGGCCCAAUAUUGCUGAAUAAUGUUCAGUGUUCUGGAAGUGAAAGCAGCAUCACACAGUGCUCUCAUAGUGGAUCUGGAUCACACAACUGCAACCAUGGUGAAGAUGCUGGUGUUACUUGCUCAGGUAACAUGCGACUCAUUGGUGGCAACAACAACUGCUCUGGUAGAGUGGAGAUCCUGCAUGAUGGUCAGUGGGGAACAGUGUGUGAUAAUGACUGGGACCUGAAUGAUGCAGAGGUGGUGUGUAGACAGCUUGGAUGUGGUAAAGCUGUCACCGCUCAUCAAAAUGCCCACUUUGGUCAGGGAAGUGGUCCAAUAUGGCUGAAUAAUAUUCAGUGUUCUGGAAGUGAAAGCAACAUCACACAGUGCUCUCAUAGUGGAUUUGGAUCACACAACUGCAGCCAUGGUGAAGAUGCUGGUGUUACUUGCUCAGGUACAGAAAAGCAGAGAAUCAGCUCCAAUGGCGCUAACAUACGAUUCAUUAAUGGCACCGACUCCUGCUCUGGUAGAGUGGAGAUCCUGCAUGAUGGUCAGUGGGGAACAGUGUGUGAUAAUGACUGGGACCUGAAUGAUGCAGAGGUGGUGUGUAGACAGCUUGGAUGUGGUAAAGCGGUCACCGCUCAUCAAAAUGCCCACUUUGGUCAGGGAAGUGGCCCAAUAUGGCUGGAUGAUGUUCAGUGUUCUGGAAGUGAAAGCAGCAUCACACAGUGCUCUCAUAGAGGAUUUGGAUCACACAACUGCAGCCAUGGUGAAGAUGCUGGUGUUACUUGCUCAGGUACAGAAAAGCAGAGAAUCAGUAACAUACAACUCAUUAAUGGCACCGACUCCUGCUCUGGUAGAGUGGAGAUCCUGCAUGAUGGUCAGUGGGGAACAGUGUGUGAUGAUGACUGGGACCUGAAUGAUGCAGAGGUGGUGUGUAGACAGCUUGGAUGUGGUAAAGCUGUCACCGCUCAUCAAAAUGCCCACUUUGGUCAGGGAAGUGGCCCAAUAUGGCUGAAUAAUGUUCAGUGUUCUGGAAGUGAAAGCAACAUCACACAGUGCUCUCAUAGAGGAUUUGGAUCACACAACUGCAGCCAUGGUGAAGAUGCUGGUGUUACUUGCUCAGGUACAGAUGUCUUAGAUGACGCUAACAUACGCCUAAUUGGUGGCAACAACAACUGCUCUGGUAGAGUGGAGAUCCUGCAUGAUGGUCAGUGGGGAACAGUGUGUGAUGAUGACUGGAACCUGAAUGAUGCAGAGGUGGUGUGUAGACAGCUUGGAUGUGGUAAAGCGGUCACCGCUCAUCAAAAUGCCCACUUUGGUCAGGGAAGUGGCCCAAUAUGGCUGGAUGAUGUUCAGUGUUCUGGAAGUGAAAGCAACAUCACACAGUGCUCUCAUAGAGGAUUUGGAUCACACAACUGCAGCCAUGGUGAAGACGCUGGUGUUACUUGCUCAGGUAACAUACGACUCAUUGGUGGCACCGACUCCUGCUCUGGUAGAGUGGAGAUCCUGCAUGAUGGCCAGUGGGGAACAGUGUGUGAUGAUGAUUGGGACCUGAAUGAUGCAGAGGUGGUGUGUAGACAGCUUGGAUGUGGUAAAGCGGUCACUGCUCAUCAAAAUGCCCACUUUGGUCAGGGAUGUGACCCAAUAUGGCUGGAUGAUGUUCGGUGCUCUGGAAGUGAAAGCACCAUCACACAUUGCUCUCAUAAUGGAUUUGGCUCACACGACUGCGGCCAUAGUGAAGAUGCUGGUGUUACUUGCUCAGGUUUUCAGAAGGGUCCAAAAGCAGAUUCUGUCAAUCAGGGAAACUACUUCUGUAUUUAUGACACUACCGUGUCGUCACAUACGUUUACUUCUACUACUGCAUCCCAGGUCAUCAUUGCAAAAGAAUCUCUGCCUCACUACAUUGGUAUUGGAGUGACAGCAGGACUGCUUCUCAUCUUCAUUCCAGUCAUCAUUUGUUUUGUAAAAAGACAAAAAGAUCAUAUGGAUAAGGAGGAGGACACACAGCAUGCCAAAACCACAUACAAGAGUUUCCAAGAAGAGGACACAGAAAACAAAGCCACUAAUAAAAACACAAAAACUAUUUUCCAGCAGAAGAAUGAUGCAUACAACUCUGAUAUUGACUGUGAUGAGUGAUGUGGAGUGAAGGAGAGUACCUUGCUUUUGAUGCUGAGGUACAAAGAAGUGAUAUGGACCAGGACUUUGUUGAGAAUUAAACAGUUGCUCAGUAUCUAUAGUCCACAAACAAUAACAUGGUUAAAUUGGAUCAUUUUCCAUUGUUAAGAUACUAUAUUUUCUAGUUGUUUGGGUUGGUCUAGUUGUUUUAGAAUAAGUUUGAUUCCUCUGUUUAGAUGUUACUAUUUUAAAACGUUUUAUUUUCAUACGACUUUAUUGUUACCUGUUUAUCUCAUUGCUACUUGACAUUAAAAUGGUUUAGAGGUCCAGUACAGAUUGAUAUUUAUAUUCAAAUUUUAAUUUUGUAUUUUUAAUAUUAAAUAUCAAAAUACAUGAAAAUAUAAAUGAUCAGCGUUUUUAUCAGUUUUUAUCAGUUUUAUCAUUGGUGAAUCAGCGUUUUUAGUGCACUGAAAUCAGAAAAUAAGGAUGGGACUUGAAAUUAAUAUUUAAAUCUUAUAUCACUCAUAAACUUCCAAGUCAAGUAGAGUCUAUUGGGAUAUUCAGAUUAGAUUUAGAUUAAAAAUGUCAUAUAAUUUUGUUUAUAUAUAAAAUUUUGUCUGUUUUUCUUAAUAUUGUUAUAAUUUGAUUUUCAGGUUUUAUGUAAUUUAGUGAAUUUUUAGUCCUUUUUAUCUAUGUACUUUAUUUACUCUUACCU